AUGGCCGAAGAUGGCAUGCUUCUCAACUUCAGCCUAGACGACAGCGUCAUCAAGCCCCAGCAGCGCUUCAAAGGCGGGACAUGGAAGGAUCGUCUGGUCGCGAAAAAAAUCGCCGUCAAGCGACAGAAUAAAUCCCGACACAGCCCAGAGACAGGAGCUGUCAACAGCAAUAAUCCGCAGAAUCCUAAUAAAAUCAAUGUUCCUACGGGCCAGCGACCGACGAAGAGACAGAGGAUCGAUGGUGGAGAUUUCAAACCCACGACCAAGUCGAGUGCUGGAGGCGGUGGGGUGGGAAACGACGAACAGACUGAUCGCAAGUCAUAUGGCGAUAGACAAGUUAUUUCUUCGCUGUUUACGUAUAAUCCUACCGCGAAGACGGUCACGAGCACGGAUGGCGCGACGCACGAUGAAGAUACCACUGAGCCAGCGAAGCCUUCGAAUGCGCCUCUCAUCGAUGGAAUCGACACGUUUACGUCCCUUGGGCUAUCCCCAAGUUUAGCGACACAUCUGCUAACAAAACUUAAUUUAAAAACCCCGACGGCUAUCCAGAAAAGUUCGAUAACGCAGCUACUCAAGGAAGAAUGCGAUGCGUUCGUACAAGCGCAGACUGGUUCUGGAAAGACGUUAGCGUACCUUUUGCCGAUCGUUGAACGGCUGAUGAGGAUAUCGAGCCAUAACAAAGGAAAGAAGGAUAGCGAGGGAAAUACUGUUCACAGAGAUUCGGGGCUAUUCGCCAUAGUGCUGGCUCCAACGAGAGAACUGUGCAAGCAGAUCUCCGUCGUCUUGGAUGGAUUACUUCGGUGUGCACACUGGAUCGUGGCGGGAACUGUUAUUGGAGGAGAAAAGAAGAAAUCUGAAAAAGCACGGUUACGGAAGGGAUUGAAUAUUCUGGUUGCUACGCCCGGCCGAUUGGCGGAUCAUCUGGAGAAUACAAAGGUUCUUGAUGUUAGCAAUGUGCGAUGGCUUGUGCUUGAUGAAGGCGAUAGGCUCAUGGAUUUGGGGUUUGAAGAAGAGAUCCAGGGAAUUAUUAAGAAGCUGGAUGAAAGGCGGAGACCGUCCAAGACUCCAGACCUCCCGGCCAAGAGGACGACGAUUUUAUGCUCGGCCACGCUGAAGAUGAAUGUGCAACGUUUGGGAGAGAUUAGUUUGAAAGAGGCAAUCCAUAUAAAGGCAGAUCCUGCCGAUGAAGAUGAUGAGCAGAAAGACGGCUCGAAGCAGCCUGAAUUCUCUGCGCCUGCACAACUGAAGCAGUCGUACGCAGUUGUGGCGGCGAAGCUUCGAUUAGUGACACUUACGGCCCUGUUGAAGCGGACAUUUGCACGCAAAGGAUCAGUCAUGAAAGCGAUUAUUUUCGUUUCUUGCGCAGACUCUGUGGAUUUUCAUUUCGAGGUCUUCACUCGACGUGAAAGUAGUGAAGAAUUACCCGAUGCUGAUGAUCAAAAUGCGCCCAGUUCUUCAAAUGUUCAUGGUACCAUUGCUACGGCGUCUGCAUUCUCUAAUCCUUCGAAUAAUGUUAUACUACAUAAACUCCACGGCUCGCUUCCACAACACGUUCGAACAGCAACCCUUUCAGCCUUCGCAAAGCAAAAAGACGCAUCCGUUCUCAUCUGUACAGAUGUCGCAGCCCGUGGUCUCGACUUACCGAAUGUUGAUUUCGUUAUCGAGUAUGAUCCGGCAUUUUGCUCGGAUGAUCAUCUUCACCGUAUCGGUCGUACGGCACGAUUAGGCCGCGAUGGUCGAGCACUGAUUUUCCUCCUCCCUGGCAACGAGGAAGGGUACGUUGACAUAUUGAAAGGCAGCUAUCGCGAAGGUAGUAGCAAUUCUGUGACGAGAAACGAAGUGAACGAAAUCCUUAAACGAGGCUUUGGUGGGAACAGUGAAGCCGUUAGCAAAGGUUGGGAAGAUAAAGCUACCGACUGGCAGCUUGAUAUUGAGCGCUGGGCUCUCGAGGAUUCAACCAUUUUGGAAAUGGCCAGACGCGCUUAUCAGUCUCAUAUCCGGGCGUAUGCGACGCAUAUCGCUGCUGAACGGCACAUGUUCAAUAUCAAAGACUUACACUUGGGUCACUUAGCGAAGAGUUUUGCGCUACGCGACAGGCCAGCCAAAAUCAAUGUUCCGGGCUUACGGCCAGGUAAUGAGGACACGAAAAGGUCCUUCAAGGCGGAUCGUAAACUUGCUUCGGGCGAGAGGAGAAAGAUGUCAGCAAGGGAGGACAUCUCAACUACGGAUGCUGCUGAAGCGAGGAAAAAGAUGCAGCAGAAACUAAAGGAACACAUGGCCGGAGCGAGCGAGUUUAAUAUUGCUUGA